CGGUCUAAAAGAAGUUUGUAUUUUCACAGUCUGCCUCGAGGCGCGUUGGUACCUCGUGCAGCAACUGUCAAACAACGAUGACGUCGCUGUGGCGACGCAACUCCAUGGGCGAACCAGUUUGUAACGCUUGCGGUCUUUAUUAUAAAUUGCACGGCGUCAACAGACCGCACACCAUGAAAAAGGACAGCAUCCAAACGCGGAAGAGAAAACCCAAGGGUGGCAUGAAGUCCGCGGACACACCGAUUUCCGGAACCGUCGCUCCCUGCACAAAUAACAACAAUAAUAACAACUCCAACACUGCCACCACCACCACCAGCACCACCAACAUCAACAACAACAACAACAACAACAAUAACAAUAACAACAGCUUGAAAAUUGAACCAGAUACGUACGCUGAUUUGCGGAUGACCCACACCGUACCUCAGGUUUCUUACGGCAGCACGCUUUACGGUAGCCCUCAGCCUUCGGGUCGGAUAGUUUCGUACCAGUCGACGACUUCUGGAAUGUACUACGACAUACUCGCUUCGCAGCAACAACAACAUCAGCAUCAGCAUCAGCAUCAGCAUCAACACCAACACCAACACCAACAUCCGCACCAACACCAGCACCAACACCAACACCAACAUCAACACCAACAGCUUCUCGAGACCCAUUCGCCAAAGGUGGAAUGCCCGUCGCCGCCUUGCGUGAACCGGUCGCCCGAUCAUCAUCAGCUCGCUUCUCCCCAUAUCGUGACCCUCGAGAAUUCUUCUCCUAGCGCAACCACCACCAAAAUGAUCAUCGACAACGGACAUUUGGAUAGACCUACGGUAGUUUCCAUAUCUUCGUAAGGGUUUUCGUUCCGCGAGAUCCGCCGAACGCUGCGGAGAGAUCGCUUGUCAUCGAUCUCUCUGUCGAGUCUCGCUAUCGCGUUCGAUUUUUAGGUGCGCGUCGUUAUUUCUGCCUCGCAUCCAUUCAAUCUCGUGGAGAGGGAAACUCGUGGUAUCGCUUUACGAUUGUAAAUAACGGUGCUGCGAAUCUUGCUCGAAGGUUCGAUUCGUUUUCCUCGAAAAUGUUGUAACGAAACUAAAACUGAAGCUGAAACUGACACCGAAACUCGAACGUUUCCUAAUUGUUUAGAAGCGUUUGUAAGUCGCGAGUGCGAAUGCGAGUACGAAUGCGAGUACGAAUGCGAGCACGAAUGCGAGCACGAAUGCGAGCACGAAUGCGAGCACCAAUGCGAGCACCAAUGCGAGAAUAACCGAGCGGGUCGACCUCGGCGAAUAUAACUCGAAGACGCGUUGGGCUCGCUUGAUUCGUUUCGGAAUGUUUGCGUGAUUGGAGGCGUUCGGAGAUCGAAGAAAGGACAAAUGCACUCGGGUUCGUAGGAUAAGUUUGGCCGAUGAAUAGCACGCGCAGGGAUUCGAAGAUACCUCGAGAUCGCGCGUAAAACUUGCAAAGACUCGUUGUAAAUACGAAUAAUCGCGUCGAGCGAGGACCGCGUGUACGCGGUCGAAUUGUCUUCGUAAUUGUCUUUCGCGCAGAAACAGAAACGUUCGACUUUGUGGCCGCCUCCAACAUCGAACAGCUCGCGCGGCGUGGCCGCGACGGCGUACACCCUGGAAAUAGUAGACGCUUCGUGUCCUUUGUAAAUAUAGACGAUAGCGAUCUAAAUAUUCAACUUAAAUGUUAAGAAUAAUUAGUUUGAUAAGUCGGUAUGCUUGAAAAAUAAUAACUUUUACUGGCUUUAUGGAACUAUUCGGUGCGUCGUAUCGCGCCUUUGGGAAUUCGAACGCACGGUCGACGAACGUGCAACUCGCAUAUUUGUCGCGUACGUGUCGCGUAACUGUCGGAUAUCUUUGACGCGCCGAUUCCAUGGUGCCUCGCGUUUACGGUAUCCAUCGUUGAUUCGCACGAAAGCGACGCGCAACGUCGGAAUUUUGCGCAUUUUUCGAGUGUGCUGUAUCGAAUCGGUUAUUUUUCAAUAAAAAGGGAUAUUUAAAUAAAACUACG